AUGGCGUUCCUCAAUUAUUUUAAGGGCUCCAAGCCCGACUCUGCAGUCCAGACCGAUGUUGAGAUCAGCGACACCUCUUCUGGGCCAGAAGUGAUUCACGAUGGAAACCUGGCAUAUACUCGCGCGAAAGCAGGAAACGGUUCAAAGGCUGCAUAUCAGGAGGCCGUCGGCGCGCCCGUGGAAACCGAUUCACCGCUUGGCUACGAGGUCGGUUGGUUCACCGUUAUAUUUGUGAACAUAAACAUGUUAAUUGGCACUGGUAUCUUCUCACUUCCUGCGAAUAUUCUUCUCCGAACUGGGUCUAUCGGCCUGUCCUUGAUAUUUUGGUUCAUUGGAUUUCUCAUGGCCGCAAGUGGAAUCAGUCUAUACUUGGAAUUUGCCAGCUAUUUUCCCAACCGGAGUGGCAGCGAAGUAGUAUAUCUUGAGCAGGCAUACCCCAGGCCCAAAUACUUCUUCCCGAUUGCAUUUGCUGUGCAAGAGGUUAUUCUAAAUUUUGGCAGUAGCAAUGCUAUUGUCUUUGCCGAGUACGCCUGGAAGACAGGAGGUACUGCAGCCUCCGCAUGGCAAAAGAAGGGCGUCGCUGUGGCUAUAUAUACAAUUGCAAUCCUUUGUGUUAUUGCUAACAACAAAUUGGCAUUCCGGGUGUCUAACGUUCUUGGUGUCCUCAAACUCAUUGUUGUUGUUUUCAUUGGUAUCACCGGGCUAGUGGUUCUUGGUGGAAAUCUCGACCAUAUUCCAAAUCCCACAGCCAAUUUCAAGAACGCCUUCGAGGGACAUGUGCCUAAUGGGUAUAGCCUUGCCAAUGCUCUUGUCAGUGUUCAAUUUGCCUAUGGGGGCUACAACAACGCUUUCAAUAUGGUCAACGAGAUCAAAAACCCUAUUCCAACCCUGAAGAGGAAUACAAGUAUUGCUCUGAUUAUUGUUUCCGUGUUGUAUCAGUUGUGUAAUAUUGCGUACUUUGCCGUUGUGCCAAAGGACGAGUUCGCCUCAGCUAGCCAGACAGCGGCCACUCUCUUCUUCGAGAGGACAUUCCAAAACAAAGGAGCUACAAUUGCUCUCAAUUUCUGCGUGAUGAUGUCCGCUUUUGGUAACCUGAUGGCUGUGCUCAUUGGACAGUCACGAAUGAUUCGAGAGAUUGGCCGCCAAGGAGUACUUCCCUAUCCCGAGUUCUGGGCCUCAACAAAACCAUUCGGAACACCGCUUGGGCCUUGCUUAAUUAGCUGGUUUAUGACAUUCAUUAUGAUUGUUGCACCCCCACAGGGCGACGCAUUCCAGUUUGUGGUCGAUCUACAAAGCUAUCCAUCCGCUAUGUUUCAGGUUGCAAUGACUGUCGGAAUUUACAUCCUUCGCUGGCGCCGUAGGCGCUCGGGGAUCCCCCGUUCCGAGUUCCGAGCCUGGGAUGUUGCAAUCCUCUUCUUCCUGGCCUAUAAAGUGUUUAUUCUUGCAAUGCCAUGGUGGCCUCCUCUGGGCGGCGCCAAUGGUGGUGAUGUCAGCUUUUGGUACGCCACCUACUGCGUUGUAGGAAUUGGAAUCAUCAUUGUCUGUGGCCUUUAUUAUGUCGCGUGGAUUUAUGUCUUGCCAAGAUAUGGCGGAUAUAAAAUCAGGUCAGAAAUGGUAGCCCUAGAGGACGGCGCAGCUAAGACUCAUCGCCUAGUCAAGGUAAAGAAUGAGGAGGUAGAAGAAUGGGAUAAUGUACAUGACGAAGCUGGACAUCUGCGACAGAGGACCACUACUCAUGGAGGCGAUAAGGCUGUGGAAGAAUGA